UUUCAAACCAUCCAAUAUGUGUAUGAUCGCGGUACAGUCGGCUUCUGAAAUUAUUUAAAUCUAUAAAAUAUAGACUCGAGACGAAAUAUAAAAAUAUAUUUAUGCCAAUCUAUAAAUUAGAUGCGUUCGUGUUAGUAAUGUUUAUAGACAUAAUAAUUUGAGAUCUUCUCUUGCAUCAAUAAAUUUUUUACUACCAGUUGCUAAAAACCGGCACAAUGUUGAUGAUAAUUGUCGCAACGAUUAUAGUGGUGGCUUUCUUUUACUAUUACAUUAAUAAAAAACUGAACUAUUUCAAAGACCGUGGCAUUACCCAAGGGAAACCUAUGUUUUUAUUCGGCCACACUUUGGGAGCUAUAAUACAUACACAGACAUGGACAGACGUGGUGCAAAGUAUUUACGACCAGAGUCCUGGAACCAGAUACACCGGAAUGUACAAUUUCUACUACCCACUACUGGUCAUAAAGGAUCCAGAACUACUGAAACAAGUGGCUAUCAAGGAUUUCGAUCACUUCACUGACCAUAUCACUUUCAUGCCAACAGAUGGUGAUCCGUUAUUCUCAAAGAGUUUGUUCGCCCUACAAGGUCGGGAAUGGCGAGAGAUGAGGACUCUAUUAAGCCCUUGCUUCACGAGCAGCAAAAUGAAGUUCAUGUUCAACCUGAUAAUUGAAAUCUCUGAAAAUUUCGCGCAGUAUUUCCUGAAAAAAGACGAGGAUGUUAUUGAGGUUGAAAUGAAGAAUGCAUUAUCUCGCUUUUCCAGUGAUGUAAUCGCCACUACGGCUUGUGGGAUACAAGUCGACUCUUUGGAGAAUCCAAACAACCAGUUUUACUUGAUGGGACAGAAGUCUAUAGAUUUUGGCGGCAUCUGGAAGAACAUAAAGUUCUUUUUGUACAUGUUAGUGCCACCCAUCAAGAAUAUAAUGAAAAUUCAACUGUUUACCGACGACGUAUCCACAUUCUUCAGAGGUCUGAUAGACGAAGCCAUCAAAGUGAGAGAAGAGAAAGGAAUUGUACGGCCAGAUAUGAUACAUAUUUUAUUAGAGACACGCAAAGGAACCCAGAAAGAAGAAGAAACUAACGACGUCGACACAGGAUUUGCUACAGCUCAAGAAUCCCCUAGGAGCCUAGAAAAAGGAAAAGUCAACAAAGUUCUAACAAACGAGGAAAUAACCGCCCAAGCCUUGAUCUUCUUCAUCGCUGGUUUCGACUCUGUGUCAUCAGUGAUGUGCUUCACCACCUACGAAUUGACCGUGAACCAAGAUGUCCAAGAAAGACUUAGAGAAGAGGUUUACUCCACUUGGAAAGCAUGCAAAGGAAAGCUGACCUACGACGCACUACUCCAGAUGAAGUACUUGGACAUGGUCAUAUCAGAGACUUUAAGGAAAUAUCCCAUCAACUUAGUAAUAGAAAGAGUGUGCACCAAGCCCUACACCAUCGAACCUGUCUUACCAGGAGAGAUACCGGUAGAUUUGAAGGUAAACGACGCCAUCUGGUUGCCGGUCUACGCCAUACAUCACGAUCCAAACUACUACCCGAAUCCAGACCGGUUUGAUCCAGACAGGUUCAGUGACGAGAAUAAGGGUGACAUCAAACCAUACACCUACCUCCCUUUUGGUUUGGGUCCACGUAACUGCAUCGGUUCUAGGUUCGCUUUGUUGAUGAUAAAAGCCGUGAUUUUCCACACCUUGUUGCACUUCGAACUGGUGCCUAUCGAGAAGACUGUUAUUCCCCUGAAGAUUUCCAAGAAGAGUUUCGCUAUGAACGCCGAGGGAGGGUUCUGGCUUGGUUUCAAAAAAACUACAAACGGACAAUUUACAACCUAAUAUUGUAUGCACGUAUUUUUUUAAUAUAUAUUAUAAUACAAGA